UAGACAGGAGCCCCAGAAGAAGACGGUUACGUUACAUUCCACGUGCAUCCAUUCCCGAGCUCCUGACCCUCGAGAUCCAUCUACUAGUACCUGUCCACGCACGCAUACGUUGACUUUCAAAGGCGCAGCCUGGCACGCGGGGUUGUUUUUUCCUCAGUUGCAUGUCAGUGUUUUCUCCGGAGCCAGGAAGGCCACCACGACCGAGCAGUACACGGAUUUCCCUUCAUGUUUACCGGCAGGAGACCAGCCAGGCAAUGUGGAAGGUUGUCAUCUUAGCAACUACCUUUUGCAUCGCGGCGGCCGCUCCACGUGAAGGCAUAACAACAUCAAAGCAUACUCGAGACACGGUCUCCACGAUACUCGACAGCCUUCCGUCCCAAGCGGCGCUCCAACGUGUUCGACUGCUCGACCGUUCUUUUCGUCUGAGCUUCGGCGCGUUCAGCGGUCAAACCGACCUGUCCGGUGGUUUGCUUCGCGGACUGCCUUCUUUGUCAGUCGUCGACUUGACGUCUCCAGGCAAGGACAGCUUCCGGGUGGGCUUGAGGGCCAGUAAUCUUACCCUGGAGUACAAGGCGAAUGUGACCUUCAGUGCCCGUAGUGAUAUUUGUGAAAUGAAGGCGGACGUUGACUUCAUUGUAGUUGACAUUGAACUACAAUCCGAUGGCGAUGAUCAACUGGCGAUUUCAAAUGCGGAAGCAACGGAAAUGUCCGACCUUGAUGUGAAGUUCGUUGGUCUACAGGCGUACUCGCUGCAAGCUGACCUUCUCUCUCGUCUCUUCGCUAGCGCUUUCCGUUACGACAUCGAAGACGAGCUGGUGAGCACCUUGGAGACUGUCGUAGAUGACUUGUUGUUCGAGUAUAACCAGAACGGCUCCUGAUGGGAGAGUGGAAAUGUGAUAUAACUAUUCACGCGUUGUAAAUAUGUACACAACUGACGGUAUUUUUGUAUACACGGAUUACGUGAGCAUGGAUCGCCAUAAAGCUACGUACCAGCUAUA